UAGUUUUGUUUCCUGCCUAGUUUCCAAGCAUGUCUUUGCGGGGCCCCGAGGUGAAGACAGACUGAUGUAAAGUGAAUUUUUGACCCUUUUCUCCUCCGACGUGGUGAAUGUUCUUCCAAAAUGAGCAGCGAGGACGAAAUCUCUGAGAAACUGGAUACAGAAUUGAAUCGCUAUGUUGUGGCUAUGAAGCCUUAUGUUCUAAAGCUGCAGGAUAGUUCUGAACGAAGAAUAUGUGCACUGUGGAUUAAAAAACUCUGCAGACCCUCAGGAGCAGGGGUAGGAUUAGAGGGAAGGAAGAAUCGGAACUUGUAUGCAAAACUUUUGCUCCACAUGCUGAAACAAGGAGUCCUGGAGGGACCUUUUGCACAAAAACCAGAACAAGGAUUGCUGAAAAGUUUACCUUCCCACAUGACAACUUUUGUUGAAGAACUAGGUACAGCAGGAGCUGUGAGCAAUAGCUCAGGCUGUUUGCCUGAGUGGGUACUGGGAGAACUAGAAAACAGUGAAGCUAAAGAGGAAUCCUCUGUAUCAACAGCACAGGGGGAAACAUCCAGUGAGAAGCCAUCAGAUAUAUCCCAUUCCGGGGUUUAUCUUCACAGGACAGGGGAAAAUGACCUGGGCACGUCAGAGUCUGAUGAUCAUCACAACAAAACAGCUUCUUUGAAUGACAAUGACCUCGAAACUCGUCUCAACAGUUGGAAUCUUGGGGUAAAACAAACUGAGUGCAUUCCUUAUUUAUUAACUCGAAAUGGAAACUCCUUAUUAAUGUCAUCUGCAUCUGUGAGCUUAGGCUACAAAACUGGUGUGGGAGUCAGUCUUUUAGAAAGGAGUUGGUAAAGUUUGGAAUGGUUAUUAAUGAAAACAUG